AAACACUCGUGACGCAUUACGUCGCCCCGCCCCAUCCCGCGUGUGACAGAUCGAUGUGCCUCUCUCAUUCACGGAUUCAUUUUCGGUUUUGAGUUGAAAAAUACACUCUUGUGUCAACGCCUCGCCUCCCAGGACGACCUCUCCAGUGUCUUUACUCGCCGAAGAGAAGAAAUGGAUAACGGUUCGUCCACAACAGGAGACACGGAGCUGGACCAGGCUGUUCGGCAGUGGCUGCAGUAUGACAAGGUGAGCUGACGGAAACAUGUAGCGAGCUAGCUUAUGGUAAAGUGGCAGAAAGUGUAGCUUUACAGACUAUGAGACAAAUAGAGUCAGUGCAACCGAACAUUUAUAGCACCAAUAAUAGUAUUAAUAUCAUGACUUCUUCUGCGCAGUAAAGUAACGUUAUGUAAAGUCAGAACAGGAAGGGGACUGUCUGUCUCGCUGUACUGCCAAACAGCAGUGAGUCAUAUGAGAACAGAUGUAGUUAUUAGUGCAGUUAGUAAAAUGGUAAAAUAAAAAAUGAUUAAAAAAAAAAGAUUUUGCAUAAUGAGCUCUGGAUCAAGCUUCAAAUCUGAAAAAAAAAGCAUUUGCUCCUUUUUGCAUUAGUUCAUGUUGUCAUAGAGAAAAGUUCCUGCGUGAAUUAUGUUUCCUACUGGUGAAGAAGAUAAACUUCUUUCAUUCAGACUAAAGUAAUUUGAUAAAGAGCACGUGCUAAUUAACCAAUACAUCUGACCAUGUGACCUACACAAACCCAGCUAUUCAUGUCUUUAUAGUGACAUGGUAUGCUUUCAAUCAGGUUGAACUGGAAAUGAGACACUGGUUCAUUUUCAUUUGUGAAGUUUCAUCAAUGACCAGUUAAUCCCAUAAAGCCUGACUCAUUAUACAAAUGACUCACAUAAAUAAAUAGAGUAUCACAAUGUGGAAACCUUAUCCAUACAUACACGUCAUAAACAAUGAUAGAAGCACUACAGACAACAGAGCCUCCCCAGUCCACUAGCCAUCUUGUCCUGGUUUGGGAAGAGUCCUCCAGAAUAUACUGCAUAUCCUUGGUCCCACAUAAUCAAGACAUGAAGUCCAUACAUGAUAGAACUGUCUGAUUGUCCCUCUGGACAAAUAUGUCAAAUAUUCCAUAGGAAGCAAAUCAAAUAUGACCUUAUACCAGUCAGAAACAGUUGGUGGUUUAUGUGAAAUCCAUUUCAGUAGUACACUUUUACGUGCAGCAUAUGUUAACAUGCUAAGCAGUUUUUGAUCGUGAGUGUCGUUAAUUUAAGGAUGAGAUUUUGACAUUUUACCAGCAUGCUCCCAUAAACUUAUCCCUAUAUCCUCGUCAAUAUCCACGCCAAGAUCUUGGGCCCACACCUGCAGGGUGGCUUUAUUUGCUUUACUGGAUUUGUAGAGGGUCUCAUAGCGUUGUCCUAAUAUCGAUUUUUCACUACUUAUUUUUUGCUUUCUAUUUUUAAAGAACUUGCUAAAGUUUUUAAUGAAUGUAGGUAACCUCCGUUUGUGAAAAUAAUAACUGUCCAUAACAAAUCUUUUUCCUCUCCAGAACCCUAAAACAGCAUCAAUGGUGCAGGAGAUGAUGAAAAAUGGAGCGGUGGAGGCUCUGAAGAAAUGUUUCACCUCUAGGAUGGAGUUUGGUACAGCAGGUCUGCGAGCCCCCAUGGGUCCUGGCAUUUCCUGUAUGAAUGACCUCACUAUCAUCCAGACCACGCAGGUCAGUUUACAGACAAACUACAAACCGCUCAUGGAGUACCAAGUCACAUGCAGCACCAGACAAACACAUAACUGAUUCUUGUGCUCUGACUCUGACUCCAAACCCUUGUGUCUGUUGAGGUAGCUCACUGUAGAAUCUCAGACAUUUACUUCCAAGUUUGUCCUCUCAUAUCCUCAGGGUUUUUGUCACUACCUGGAGGAAAGCUUUAGCGACCUUAAGGAGCGAGGGGUGGUGAUCGGUUAUGACGCCCGUGCCCACCCACCCAGCGGCGGCAGCAGCAAACACUUUGCCAGCCUGGCUGCAGCGGUGUUCAUCAGCAGAGGAGUGCCUGUCCACCUCUUUAACGACAUCACCCCAACUCCCUUUGUGGUAAUCACUUGAUCUUCUGUUAUUUCCUCAUGUGGGUUAGUUUGAUAUUGCAUAAACACUAACGGAUCAUGUUAGAUACAAUUUCACUGCCUGCUGUUGCAUUUCAACUAUGAAGACCUCGUCAGUUAGUCUGAUGACAGUUCUGCUACUGAGAACAAGCAGCAGAAGUUAAAGGUCAAAUUCCACUGUAAAAGCAAACUCUGCUUAUAUGUGCCACAUGUUGCGUAAUGCACAUAUGAUUCACUGGAUGCUACUUUGUUGAAAGUGCAGCUGGAGAGCAUGUUUCACACAACUCUAUACGGUAUAUUUCAGAGCUAAACAAGCAGCAUACUGCAGCCUGGACAUGAAGGCUCUUCUUUGAACUCCUUUUAUCUCAAUUCGUAAAUCUUCUUCACAGCAGUUAGAACAAAGCUUUGCAGAUUUGCUAGAUUUUCAGUUGUAAACACAGACAUAAUAUUGUCUUUUAUAAGGAGCAAACUCACAAUAACAUGUCCCUUCAUCAUCUUUUCUUAUGUUUGGGUAAUUUUGUAACCCUGUCAGAGGCUUUAUUCCUCACUAACAAAUAUACUCUGAUAAAACAGUCAGUAAGAUCCUCCCCAUACUACAAGAAAACAGCCACUCAGUUCUGCAAAAAGGAAGUGUGUGUUUCUCAAUAAGGAACUUGGGGCGGUAGGGUUACUGUAGGUAAGGUCUGCGCGCAGGUUUACUUUCUGUUGCAAGGAAAAGGAACAUGCUGUUUUCUCACAUCUGUUUCCCACAAGUUUACACUGUUUAAAAAUGUCAGUACUACAGAUAAGUAACAUGUUUUCUCUCCUCCCCCGUUUCAGCCUUUCACUGUGUCUCAUCUGGGUCUGUGCGCCGGUAUCAUGGUGACCGCCUCUCACAACCCAAAGCAGGACAACGGCUACAAGGCAACAACCUCCACCUUCUUACCUCCUCAUUCUUUACAUUUUUCUGUUUAUGUGGUACUUUUACGGUUUAACUAUUUCACAGCUCUGACCUUACUUCAUUUGUGAUGGUUUGAAGAUUGAAAUUAUGUGAUUUGACAGACAGUUUGCUUUACGUACACUUGGUUUGCUGAGAGCUACAAUAAUUAAUUGAUGAAGUCAUUAUUUGGUUAAAAAAGAGUAGAAAUGAAGAAAAAGAAACGUUUAUUGAAUGUCACAGUAAAGUCUCUGUGUUUUCUGUCUUAGGUUUAUUGGGAGAACGGAGCCCAGAUCAUUUCUCCUCAUGACAAAAAUAUCGCCAAGGCCAUAGAGGAGAACCUCGAGCCCUGGCCUGAGUCCUGGAACACAGAAGAAGCCCUGAAGAGCCCUUUGCUCAAAGACUCCUACCAAGACAUUCACACACAGUACUUUAAAACAAUCCAGAAUCACUGCCACAACAGGUAAGAAGCAGAUAACAUACCUUUGAAUGUUCACACAUUCACCCACAAUAGCUGAAACGAGGCCAACCGAGGUCACUGCUUCAACUCUGGCUUCUUUCUUUUUCACAGGGACAUAAACAAGAGUUCAGAGGUGAAAAUUGUGCACACCUCUGUGCACGGUGUGGGCCAUGCAUUUGUUCAGACAGCUUUCAAAGCCUUCGACCUUCCGCCUCCACACGCUGUUGAGGAACAGAAAGAUCCAGACCCUGAGUUCUCCACUGUAAAAUAUCCCAAUCCUGAGGAGGGGGAAGGAGUCCUGGUAUGUUUCAGUUAGCAUUUACUCUAAUUGUUAUUGACAUUAAGUGCACUCACACAGAGAUUAUGUGGUGUGUUGUAACUUGAAGUGUGAUGUCUGUGUGUGUUUUGUAGACCCUGUCGUUUGCUCUGGCAAAGAGGGUGGGGGCUUCGAUUGUGUUGGCUAAUGACCCUGACGCUGAUCGACUGGCAAUCGCUGAAAAGCAGGAGAGGUCUGUGUUUGUGUUUAUAAAGACUAUUUUUCACAAGUGUAGUGAUACAUGUUAGCCUCAGCUCUGAAAGAACACAUCAUUGUUGUAACAGUCUAAGUGCUCUAGACAAACUUGUGAUACGUAGGACUAACUGUAUGUUUUGCUUGCUUGCACAUUUUUCACUAUAAUCUCCCACUCUGUCCCCUUUUGUCAGUGGACAGUGGCGAUUGUUCAGCGGUAAUGAAUUAGGAGCGUUGCUCGGUUGGUGGAUGUUCCGCUGCUGGAAACAGCAAAACUCCGACCCUGCUGCUGUGAAAAACCUCUACAUGCUGUCCAGCACUGUCUCAUCCAAGAUCCUGCGUGCCAUUGCUCUCAAGGAAGGCUUUCACUUUGAGGUAGUGCAGUCAAGUUUUCAACAUUUUUCUACAUGUGAAAGUUACGCACAAACCACCAAGUGUCCUUUCAUUUCAAACCACCUAUUGACACUGUCUCCAUUGUUUGAACAGGAAACGCUAACAGGGUUCAAGUGGAUGGGAAACAGAGCCAGAGACCUUUUGGAUCAGGGCAAAGCUGUUCUAUUUGCAUUUGAGGAGGCAAUAGGUACACACACACACGCACACACACACACACAGAGUUGAACAUUGCAUAAUAUAAAUAGGCAUGCGGAAUAUCAGAGUAUUUUUAACACCCUAAAAAGGAAAAGGACUCAUCUGACUAAAAUGGAUCAGCCAAAGGCCAAACUCUGCCCUCUUUUUUUAUAACAAAAUCCAACUCAGAAAAUCUUAAGUGGGAUGAACUUGGCUAAAUUAAUUUGCUAUAUAAUUCAUGGGAAUUACUCAUCCCCAUAAAAUCCCUGUGCAUGUGCAAAUGAAAUAGAUGUGGAAUCUCUUAGUACAGCACAUAUAGGAUUAGAUAAAUGAGAAGUAUAAGCAGGAAAAAGUUGUUAAAAUUCAACUACUCUGUUUUUUAUUUUCAAACUGUAGCAUUUUCUACUUCCAAAGAACUGGGUCAGAAAUCACGAGUCUUUAUUAUAGCAAGUAUUACUUUUAUUAUUAUUAUUUCAGAUGCCUUGCCCUCUACAGUGUAAUUUUUCCUCAGGCAAAUGCUACUUUCUUCAGUCACUUUACAAGCUUAUUUGAGGCCUUCAUCAGGAGUCACAGAAAACAUCUGCUGAAGAGUAUUUUCACUGGUUUUGUACCCACAUUGUACAGUCCUGGUGACUUUUUAAAUGACUAAAUCAAUCAUUAAAUUCAAUGAAUGAAACAAAAAUUUCUACAGGGUAGUCCUAGAAAGUUUUCUUACUUAUUCAAAGUCUCAUUCUGAAGGUUGAAGGUUGAAGGGCGUUCUGUUAAUAUGACCACAGUCAACUCAAACACAGACAUGGCAUAACUCAGAGAGUUUCUGUAUAACAUCAUUAUGACGCUUUAAUGGGACUCACAUGCCUUUGCACACACUUUAGGUUAAAGAACAUGUGACUAUUUCAGCUGGAACUUUACCUUUAUGUGUAGUAAGGGAUUGACUGUGUGUGUGUGUGUGUGUGUGUUUCAGGGUAUAUGUGUUGUCCCUCUGUGUUGGAUAAGGAUGGAGUGAGUGCUGCAGCGAUAUCAGGAGAGAUGAUUUCCUAUCUGGCCACGAAAAGCACGAGCCUUUCUCAGCAGCUCACUUCCAUUUAUGAAGAGUAAGACCUGCACACAAACAAACACACAAACACACAAACAAACACAAACAAACACAAACACACAGAGACAGACAAACAACCCAACAAGUUAGAUGUAUAUAAAAAUGUAUCUGUCCCUCAUUGGCUCAGUUUAUAUGCAUGACAGAGGAGUGUCACUCAAACAGCAAAAUAAACAAGAACUUCCAUUGUAAAGAAAUAGUUGGAAGUAUUGUGUUUAAAUGUACUGACUUUAACAGAGUUACAUUAGCGAUGUUUUCACUAACACAGUUAAGAGAUACAGCAUCUACCUUGAGCCUCAUCCACAGCCCACUUUUAUCACUAAUCUGGACCCACAGAUAGAACUGUUAUGAUGAGAUAAAUCUAUGCUGUGGUCGGCUCAAGUCAAACUCAACAACGACUAUCUUUCACUCUUCUCUUUAUUCUCAGGUACGGCUACCACAUCACAAAGAACUCUUACUUCAUCUGCCAUGACCAGAAAGUGAUCAACAGCUUGUUUGAGCGCUUACGCAACUUCAACAGCCAGAAAGACUCCUACCCCACUGAGUGUGGGCGCUUCUCUGUCUCAGCUGUACGUGACCUGACCACCGGCUAUGACAGCAACCAGCCUGACAAAAAAGCUGUAAGUUUCACAGACACAUGUCAGAGCUGAAUGAACAUCGAGAAUCAGAGGUGUUUCAGUGUUUCCAAAUGAGUAUUGAUUUACUGUUACAGACCACUGUCUAAGAUGUAAGUAUUGUGUUAAGUAGAAAGAGUCAGAAAUUGAAACUUUAAUAUAUUUAAGUGGUCGGCCUCAAGCUUUCAGUACAAGUUCUCACAUCUAAUAACAAGUGGAUGUGGCAAUGAGAAACCGUCUCUAAGUCUGCCACAUCAACUGAAUACAUUUCAGUGCUGUGUCAAAACCUUGUUUUCACUGCCCCCAAGUGGCCAAUAAGUCAACUGCCCAUUUUAUUAGGUCCUUGUUAGUACUGAGUUGGACCCCUCUUGCCCUCUGAACUGCCUUAAUCCUUUAUAACAUACUAUCAACAAGGUUUUGGAAAUAUUCCUGAGAUUUUUUUCCAUAUUAACAUGAGAGCGUCACGCAGGUGCUGCAGAUCCGUAAUGUGAAUCUCCCGUUCUACCACAUCCCAAAGGUGCUCUAUUGGAUUUAGAUCUGGUGACUGUGGAGGCCACUGGAGUACAGUGAAUUCAUUGUCAUUUUUAAGAAACCAGUCUGAGACGAUUUGAGCUUUGAGGCAUGUGCAUUAUCCUUCUGGAAAUAGCCAUUAGAUAGAAGAUGGGUACUUGUGAUUGGCUGAUUAGCUAUUGUGUUAACAAGCGCUUAAACAGGUGUACCUAAUAAAGUGACCUGUGAGUAUAUAAUCAAGUGAACCAAGAUUAUUUAGAACUAGUCUAUAUUUGCUAAAGGGGCAGGUGUGUGCCAUAUUAACAGUAAUAUACGUUGAUAUAGAAUAUGUGUUAUACAUUGAGAAUUUAAAUUCUUUAAAGCUCUCUUUCUGUUUUUCUAAACAAGAGUUUGUUGUGAAAGUUUGAUCCACUCACUCCCUCUGUGUCCCAGGUUCUCCCCACCUCUAGCUCCAGCCACAUGAUCACAUUUAGCUUCUCAAACGGGGGCGUGGCCACCAUUAGGACAAGUGGCACUGAGCCAAAAAUCAAAUACUACACCGAACUCUGUGCUGCUCCUGGUAACAGGUAGGUCUCUGUUUAAGCCAUGCCAUCACUGUAGGCUGCAGAUGAUAAUUACUUCAUUAAUUAUUCAUAAUGUUCAAUGUAUUUAGUAAUCUCCAAUAUCAGGAUGUUAUUGACCACUGAAUGUUUAAGAUGCAGAUUUCAGCGUGUCUGAUUCUUUCUCUGUCACACAGUGAUGUGAAGCAGCUGAAGAAGGAGCUGGAUGAGCUGGUGGAUGCUAUUGUUGAAAACUUCCUGGAGCCGGGAAAGAAUAAACUGCAGCCUAAGCCGGAGUAGAUCUUAAAGAUGCGAUCAUAUGAAGGACCGCUAAUAACCAAUGAUUUACCAGCUUGUUAAAUAGUGUCCUAAUUAGUUCAGGUAGAGCUCUGGUUCAGCUCAGGCUUUAUUUUACAUUUACAGCUUAGCAUAUAAAUAUUUCAUUUAUGUUGUUCUAGACCAGUUACACACAAACAUAAUCAUGAAUCUGUCCUUAUUUUAACCUAAUACAGGGAUUAUAACAUAUGGCUUUCACAUUUCUGGCCUUGGAUUAUGUAUUCACUGUCAUCAUAUAUCACAAAACAUUUCAUAAUUUUUGGUUCGCCUCAGCACCAGAGAUUUCAACAACCUGAAAAGAGUCAAGCCAUUCCUGCUGCCUGUAGUGUUAUGUUACCUACAUUGCUUUGGAUUAAUCUGUAACUAUUAUGCAUUCCUGAUUCAACAGCAAAGUGCUCUGACAUUAAAGAAUAACAAAAAUGUUCAUUAGAAUUGGUCACAUUUAUUUAAUUGAAAACUAACUGUAACCUUGAUACAUGUUGUACGCUGGGUUUUAAUGAUUAUUCAAUAUGUGGCAGUUAUUGAAACGGCACUACAUUCAAAGUUACAGUAAACAUAUGUGAAAUGGGGCUCACUGUAAAAGAAUUGUCUGAUUUGUGAGAUGACUCAGCCCGAAAGCUUAGAGCACCACCAAGUGGAAGAACUGUACAUGGGUUUCUGCUCCUCAUUCCUCGAUAUGAAAAAGUUGUUGAGACCCCUAGAAAGCAGAUCUUUUUAGUGCCCGCUGUGUCUAUAUAACUGUGAAAUUAGCUGUUCUUCUUUCAUGAUGUGCCUUAUAUUCUAGGGCACUGUGCCGAUGAAGCCUUGACAAUAAAGAUGGUUUCCAAAAGGACA